UAAGUUUUAUUGAAAAUAAUAUUUUUGUUAGUUUAUUAUUUGUUUUUGUUCUGUUUUUUAUUAUUCGUUAUUGUUGUGUGAACUUGGCUGAUUCAACAUGGAUAUAUUACCAAGUGGGAACAUCUUCAGGGAACUGCAGGAUAUUCAUGAUACCGGCUUCUUUUCGGCACAAACGUCAUUAGAAGACCAUUGGCAACAGACAUGUUACGAAAUGGAACGCUACCUCAAAGAUGAACCAAAACUACAAUCGUAUAAAAAAUUACCAACAGAAUUAGACACAGCAUGGGAUUUGUUUACAGCACCAAGUCCUGCAACCACUGCAAUGGCAUUAACCGCGGCUGGUGGUUGGAAAGUUGAAGUAGAUCCAUUAUGUUUAGAUGAUUUAAGUAUAAGUGAAAGACAUUUAGACUCAUUAAGUAUGAGCUCAGCAAGUUCAGCAUGCUCAUGGGAUAGUUCUUUAAGUUGUGCUGUAUUAGUUAAACAAGAGCCAAUGGAUGAUGAAUUUGAUGAGGAUUUUAUCCAAUCUGGUGAGGAAAGUAGUAAUAAUACAACGACAACACCAAUUGAAUUAAGACUGGUAGCGAGUAAAAACACAACAACAGCAGGUACAACGGGAACUUUAACACCCCCAUCAUCACCUGAAUCCACGCAACAUAGUAGUUUAUUAACCACAACAGGUACAACCACAUCGACAGAAUUACAUCACCAUUUAAGUAAUCAUCAUCAUCCUACAACCGGUAUAUUAAGAGUAUCAACAACGGGCGGAGUACCACGUGGUACAAUUGUACGAUUAACAACUGCAACACCUCAACAACAACAACGGGCUGCCACAGCUGUAACACGACUUAUUUCAGUAACAACACAAGGACAUCAUUUUCAUCAUACGACGGCCGCACAACAAGCAGCACAACAUCAUCAGCAACAACAAACACCAACCUCAAAUACACAACCACCUGGUGUUCUAGGUGGAGGUACUGUAACGACAACAACAACAACACCAACAUCAAAACAUCAUACAACAACAUCACGAUCACAUGAUCAUUCACCUGAUUCAAAACGAAGGAUACACAAAUGUCAAUUUCUUGGUUGUAAAAAAGUUUAUACAAAGAGUUCACAUUUAAAAGCACAUCAACGAACGCAUACAGGUGAAAAGCCAUACAAAUGUUCAUGGGAAGGUUGUGAAUGGAGAUUUGCACGUUCAGAUGAAUUAACACGGCACUAUCGUAAACAUACCGGUGCUAAACCUUUUAAAUGUCGACACUGUGAUCGAUGUUUUAGUCGUUCCGAUCAUUUAGCAUUGCAUAUGAAACGACAUGUAUAAAAAAACAUAACAAAUAAACAACUAAAAUAAAACUAAACAUAAAAAAAAAUUACAAUUCGUGUAUACACAAGUUGUAUGUUGUUGUUGACUAUAUAACCUCCAGCUCCAACCAUUUGAAUGCACAAACAACAUCAAUGGCGUAUCAUCAUACUGUUCGAGCAAAAUCCAUCAUCAGUCGUCAGUGUGUCCUAUUCAUCAACAUGGAUAACAACAGUCAACUGUGUUAACUAUGACAUAGGUAUACAAUAUUAUUAUGAUCACUCCAACACCAUCAAUAAAAAAUUUACAACUUCAUUCCAACAAAAGAUUUAGCAAAAAAUAAAUAAAAAAAACACAACGCUA